CGAGCCGACCGACGCAACAGUUGAACACACACCUGCAAACUUGAAGCCGGAGGGUCUUUGUUGGUUCAUCCAGUACCUAGCCGGCUACUCAGUAUUGAACUGGAAAUGGACAAUAUGCUUUCAGCAAUGAAAGUGCGGAUGCUGAAUCAUGGAUGGUAUUAUGUCAAAGCUGGACCCCCAGGGCGAACAAAGAAGCAUUUUGUGCCCAGGCUCCCUUUUCGGAAUUAACCCUCAGCGAUCUCCGUAGGUUUGAGAACCCGCAUCGGCAUAUGGUGGUAAGCAUAUGCGCUAGACUCAACGGCGAGUAUCAAGCAACUACUACUUUUACUAGUAGCACGAGCCAUGAACCCUCCGACACGGGGCGAUUCUGGAGCUAUCAAGACGGCGCCCCGGGCUUUCAAAGGGCACCUCGCUCUUCGUCGGAGGCAUCGGAACGCGAGCAUACCGACCGGCCCUGGCCUGCAAUUGGCCAGCUACCAACUAGUACCUCACAGAGUCUCCUCUCCGCCCUAUACUGUCUUUCGCUCUCGCUCUUUGCGAUCGCCUGCCUACCGUAUGGCCGCGUUCAGCGUGACGCAUGGGCAAAAUGUCGAAUUUCCGACCAGCCCUGUGGGUGGACAGGCCAACAUAGCUGGUUCUAUUAAAUUCUCUUCUAUCUCUGUGGAAGUUUCAUUCAUCAUAAAGACCCAUGGAGUUCAUACUUACACCUCCUGGACAAUCUGAUAUCCUCCCAGCAUUCCCUAGCUGACCGUGAACCUCAAGUCGACCGGCUUCUUCGCUUCUAACGGCUGAAAGAUGUCGCAACAACUGAGCCAGCAGCAGCAGCAACAAGGUCCGCCCUACGCCCCUCGCACAGCAGCAGUUGGCGGUGUGCCCACGGUUGGAGUGGACGUACCGAUAUGUAGCGUCUUCCUGUUUCUCUUUGCGCUGGGCGCAGCGGGCAACAUGACGCUCCUUCUCGUCAAUCGCAAACGAGGCCACAAAUUCCUCAUGAGCGGCUUGAUGUUUGGCUUUUGCAUGGCACGGAUUACGGCCAUGGUCCUGCGCAUCGUAUGGGCGUGUUAUCCCCACGACGUCCAGGUCGCAAUGGCUGCCAUGAUUUUUGUCGCGGCCGGCGUGCUUAUCCUCUUCCUGAUCAACGUUAUCUUCGCCCAGAGGAUCCUACGAGCCGCCCAUCCACAUUUCGGUUGGCACAAGAUGCUGACGGCCUCCUUCGGCUUCAUGUAUGGCUUGAUUCUCGCAUUCCUAGCCAUAGUGAUUACGGGUACCGUGCAAUCCUUCUACACACUAAGUGCCAGAACACACCGAAUCGACCGGGAUCUCCAGAUGGCCGCCUCGGGAUACUUUGUGUUUAUCUCCUUCCUGCCAAUUCCCAUGGUCAUUCUCGGUCUGAUCGUCCCUCGAAAGACACGUGUCGAGAAGUUCGGGAUUGGCAGAUGGAGAACCAAGAUCGCUAUUCUGCUCACCUCGUCGGUACUUCUCUGCCUUGGAGCAUCCUUCCGCGCAGCCACGACGUUCAAAAAUCCUCGACCGAGAAAUGAUCCAGCCUGGUAUCAUGAGAAAUGGUGCUUCUACUUCUUCAAUUUUACCAUCGAGGCCAUUGUCAUCUACCUCUAUCUGCUUCUCCGCGUCGAUCUCCGCUUCCAUGUACCAGACGGGAGCAAGGGCCCAGGAGAUUAUGCUGCAGGGUCGAGGGACCAAGAGAAACAACAAGAGGAAAGCACAAGUCUUGAUCUCCGACGGAGUCCAAGUAGCAUAACACGAGUCUUGUCGGAAGAAGAGGUCUUCGACGAUAUGCCGCCCGUGGACAGGAGGUCAAGCAGGAGAUCGACGAAAGAAUCGGAGUCGGCUGUAUGAUGAUAUGAUUGCAAUGCAUUUGGCGGGAUAUGUUAUAGACUAGUGAUUGGAUCUGAUUUAGAGAUAGACAAAAGGCGAUCUACCAUUCAUCCAG